GGCACACGUUGCUGACUUUACGGCCCAUCAGCGAAACAUGGAGCUUUUCAUACCUAUGUUGUAUGCAACAGUAUUUGUGAUGCUGUGCGUCUUAGUCAUAUCGCUGUCAUCUUCUGAGCAUGCUUCCGGUACUAUCGACUCUACCUCUACGUCGACGACA